CCCUAUUAUAAUUUUGCCCAACCCACCAUAUUUUGCAGCUUCUAUUACCUCUGGUGUCUAAACCAGUGGCAUUAUUCUCUCGAUUCUUCCCAUUAUUAUUCAAUGGGGUCAAUGCUAGGCGAUUGGCCUUCUUUUGACCCUCACAAUUUCAGCCAACUUCGCCCUUCUGAUCCCUCCACCCCUUCUAGAAUGACACCUGUGACUUAUCGCCCUACUCAUGAUAGGACUCUUCCACCACCAAAUCAAGUUAUUAGUUCUGAAGCCAAAAAUAUACUUCUGAGACACUUAGAGCAGCGUGCUGAAGAGAAGUUGAGACCGAAACGUGCUGCGGCUGAAAAUCUGACACCAGAGCAUGGAUCUAAGCAUCUUAAGGCAUCCACCUGAGAUGCUUCUCUUUUUGUGCUACUCUUGGGGCGGGAAGAAGAUGAGAAAACACGAAGUAUGGCAGUUUCAAGCCGGACAGUACACAACUUGGUUUUGAGAGAUGACUUCUAAAUAGGUUGACGUCUUCGGGUUCUCUUCAUAUUUCUGUAAAUAAUGUUGUAAUGGCAGAGAUGCAUGUUGUUGUAAAAUUGAGAAGAGCUUGUUUGCUAAUUGCAUAUAUCAAUGGAGAAAUGUACAUUAUUGAAAUGUUGUUGGAUGAGAUUUCUUGCAUGAGCAUUGAAAAUGUAGCAUAUGGAUUUUUGGUA